GUAUGACGUACCUUAGUAAUGAUUUGCCGUUCAUUUAGGUGUGAACAACGCUGUAGAAUUUAAGAGAUUAGAACAAAUUGAGCGCAUUAGAGGGAUUUAUGGACGAGAGUUUUAAUGGCAUAGGGGGUCAGUUAGUGUUAAUUGUGUUGUGAUACAAGGCUGGAAGGCUGCAGCCGCUGCUCUCGCUUAAGGCCCAUCUGAUAAUAUUCUGCACGCUCAAUACCUUCAAGCCUGACAUGAAGAAGCUGCUGGGAGGACAAAUAGGCCUGGAAGACUUCAUUUUUGCACAUCGAAAAGGCCGACCCAAAGAAGUGGAAUUGCAAAAGACUGAAGAUUCCCUAGGACUGACGAUUACCGAUAAUGGAGCUGGAUAUUCAUUCAUCAAACGCAUCAAAGAAGGAUCGGUGAUAUCGAAUAUUCCACACAUCAAAGUGGGGGAUCACAUUGAAAAACUGAACGAUGUGAACAUGGUGGGCAAGAGGCACUUUGAGGUGGCCACAGCCCUUAAAACCAUCCCCCUGGGUUCCACGUUCACAAUAAGACUAGUGGAACCAAUGGCAAGUGGGUUCGGCCAAAUUGCGCCCAAAAACAGCACACGAGCCCCGAAAAAGGCCGGGUACGGGUCAGGAAAGGAAACGCUCAGGUUCAAAGCGGGAGGAAAAGCUGAGAUACAGGAACAGGAUGAUGCAAUGGACUCGGGAAUCGAGAAAAUCAACGGCGUUUUGGAAUCGUUUAUGGGAAUAAAUGACUCGGAGCUGGCGACGCAAAUCUGGGAAAUGAGUGAAGGAAAGUUGAAUUCGAUGGAAUUCGCCGAGGCCAUUGACGAUUCAGAUCUAGCGGCUUUCGAGUUUACAGAUGAACUUAUCAUUGAACUAUGGGGUUGUGUUACAGAUGCGCGCCAGGCUAGACUUAAGUGAUUAUUAGGUUUACAGAGAGGAAUUAAGUGCCUGAAGCGAAAGCAAAUACAUUUAAUUACUGUUAUUUUUUUACCUGGUAAUUUAGCAUAACGUGGGCUUUCGGAACGUUUGUUACUCGAAGCUUUGAAAAAUUGAGUUUUCCAAAAUCCUGGGACUCUUAACGAUGAAAACCCGAUUUUCCAUAAACAAUCUGCCCCACCCAGUAUACAAUUACAGCAAACAAAGGAACACUCUGUAUAUAUGGAACUAUAGGACUGGACACUUUUCGAUAAGUAAACAAUAAACAGAUCUA